CGGCCUUCGUAGCGCCCAAAAAUGGCGACUUCUGCUCCUUCACUGGUACUUUCACCCACCUCUCCUUCUUCCGACCCGCCUUAUAGGCUCCUUCAAGAUCACCCAUCUCUCAAGCUUAUCUCCAAAUGCCGAAGCAUUCGAACUCUCAGACAAAUCCACGCUCAGAUCAUCAAGACUGGCCUCCACAACACUCAGUUUGCCCUCAGCAAGCUCAUCGAGUUUUCCGCUGUUUCGCGCUAUGCUGAUAUCUCUUAUGCUGUUUCUCUAUUUAAUUCCAUUGAAGAGCCCAAUUUAUUCAUUUGGAAUUCGAUGAUUCGAGGGCUUUCGAUUAGUCUAUCGCCCGUUCUGGCCUUGGUUUUCUUUGUCAGAAUGAUUCAUGCCGGGGUAGAGCCGAAUUCUUACACUUUUCCUUUUCUUUUGAAGUCUUGUGCUAAGCUUGCCUCUGCCCGUGAAGGGAAACAGAUUCAUGCGCAUGUUUUGAAGCUUGGGUUCGUGUCUGAUGUGUUCAUUCAUACUUCGCUUAUCAAUAUGUAUGCGCAGAGCGGUGAAAUAAAUUAUGCCCAAUUGGUUUUUGAUCAAAGUAAUUUCAGGGAUGCAAUUUCUUUCACUGCACUAAUCGCUGGUUAUGUGUUGUGGGGUUAUAUGGAUCGCGCUCGGAAACUGUUCGAUGAAAUGCCUGUUAGAGAUGUGGUGUCCUGGAAUGCUAUGAUUGCUGGAUAUGCACAAACUGGUAGAUCCAAAGAGGCGUUGUUGUUGUUUGAAGAAAUGAGGAAAGCAAAUGUCCCCCCAAAUGAGAGUACUAUUGUCUCCGUUCUUUCUGCUUGUGCUCAGUCAAAUGCUCUGGAUUUAGGAAAUUCGAUGCGCUCUUGGAUUGAAGAUCGCGGGCUUUGUUCGAAUCUUAAGCUUGUAAAUGCCCUUAUUGACAUGUAUUCAAAGUGUGGUGAUCUUCAGACUGCUCGUGAGUUGUUUGAUGAAAUGCCUGAAAGGGAUGUGAUCUCAUGGAAUGUUAUGAUCGGCGGUUACACUCACAUGUGCAGCUAUAAAGAAGCCUUGGCAUUAUUCCGCGAGAUGCUAGCCUCAGGUAUUGAGCCCACUGACAUCACCUUCCUUAACGUUCUUCCGUCUUGUGCUUGUUUAGGUGCCAUUGACGUCGGUAAGUGGAUACAUGCUUAUAUAAACAAAAACUUCAACUCAGCCAGUACAUCUCUGUGGACGAGUCUGAUAGAUAUGUAUGCUAAAUGCGGUAAUAUAGAUGCGGCAAGACAGGUCUUUAAUGGUAUGAAUUUCAAAAGCUUGGCUUCUUGGAAUGCCAUGAUAUGUGGGCUAGCAAUGCAUGGACAAGCAAAUGAAGCUCUUGAGCUUUUCUCAAAAAUGUCUAGUGAUGGAAUUGAACCAAAUGAGAUAACCUUUGUUGGUGUUUUAUCUGCUUGUAAACAUGCUGGUUUUGUUGAUCUCGGACGCCUAUUUUUCAGCUCUAUGAUUCAAGACUAUAAGAUAUCUCCAAAAUCCCAACAUUAUGGAUGCAUGAUAGAUCUUCUUGGGCGAGCUGGGUUGUUUGAGGAAGCAGAGUCCUUAAUACAAAACAUGGAAAUGAAACCAGAUGGAGCCAUUUGGGGUUCCCUUCUUGGGGCAUGUAGAGACCAUGGACGAGUCGAGUUAGGAGAAAUAGUUGCCGAACGUCUUUUCGAACUCGAGCCAGAUAAUCCUGGAGCUUAUGUGCUUUUAUCCAACAUAUAUGCAGGGGCUGGUAAAUGGGAUGAUGUUGCAAGAAUAAGAACAAAAUUGAACGACAAGGGAAUGAAGAAAGUUCCUGGUUGUACCACCAUCGAAGUCGAUAACGUCGUUCAUGAGUUCCUGGUCGGGGACAAAGUUCAUCUGCAAAGUGAAAACAUUUACAAGAUGCUGGAAGAAGUAGACAGACAAUUAAAGGAGUUCGGAUUUGUACCAGAUACAUCCGAGGUACUGUAUGACAUGGAUGAAGAAUGGAAAGAAGGAGCUCUAAGCCACCAUAGUGAGAAAUUAGCGAUUGCUUUUGGAUUGAUAAGUACAAAACCAGGUACACCAAUUACAAUCAUUAAAAAUCUUCGUGUCUGUCGUAAUUGUCAUGCUGCCACAAAGCUAAUAUCUAAGAUAUUCAAUAGAGAGAUUAUUGCUAGAGAUAGGAACCGUUUUCAUCACUUCAAAGAUGGUUCUUGCUCAUGUAAUGACUAUUGGUGAAUGAUUUACAUAAUCUUGUGAUACUUGUCUGAAGCAGAUCUGUUUCUAUGUUGGAAUGAAA